AUGUUUUUCCUAGUACCUAGGUUCAUUGUCAAAUUCCUCAUAGCGUCAUUCGCUAUCUGGAUUGUUCUUUCCACGGCCAUUCCUCAGGUGUCCCUCAAGUUCACAGAUCCUCAGAUCCAGAAUAAUAAGUUUAUUCGUCAGACCUACCCAUACAAUUCCCUAACAUCCCCAACUCCCUUGCCAAUAAGGAAUUCCAGUGUGUUCUUUGUAAUUGGUCAUCCCGAUGAUGAAGUGAUGUUCUUUUCGCCUUCUCUCGUUGAAAUCACCAAGAGGAAGCAUGACAAUGAAGUGAAGAUCAUUUGCUUUUCACGUGGUGAUGCAGUUGAUGAAUCCUUUGGGGAUAUCAGGGCACAUGAGCUCAGGAGUUCUGCCCGAAUCAUUGGUGUGAAGGACGAAAACGUCAUUGUACUUGAUAAAUUCAAGGACGGCAUGGACGAACAUUGGAGUGCUCAAGACAUUGCGUCAAGUUUGGCAAAGGAAGUGACACAUGCUUCUAAGCCUUUGGUUCUCAUUACUUUCGAUGACAAAGGUGUUUCCAAUCACCCCAAUCAUAUUUCUUUGUUCCACGGUACAAAAGAAUUCGUGGCUAAGUAUCUCAAGCCCAAGCGAGACUUCAAUUUCAAGUUUUAUGUGUUGAAAAGUUUGAACUUCUGGGAGAAGUACUCAUUUACACUUUUAACCAAUGUGGAGUUAUUUGUCGACUUGCUCUCCAAAUUUGUAUUCAGCAACAUUUUGAAGAUCAAUAUCAACAUCAGCUUCUUCAAUGCAUAUUCUGAUAAACAGCUCCCGUCUAUCAAGUUUUACUCGGAUCUCAACAUGCUUAGUGUCUCAUAUGCGGCUAUGGCAUAUGGCCACUUUUCACAAAUGGUUUGGUUCAGAUAUGGUUGGUUAAUAUUCAGCAGGUACUUGACUUUCAACCAUUUGAUUCAAGUAAAUUAA